UAAGGAGUUUAUUUAACGAUUUACAAAUCAUAAUAAUUUGAAAUAGUGUUUUUAAAAUUUAAAAACUCGGAAUUAUUAUUAUUAUUUUUUACACAUGCUUAAUCUUUAGAAAGAUAAUUUGACCAAACGAGGUUCAUAUUCUGUCGUCUUUUAAUUACAAGUGUCAUUCUGUGCCCCAUUUAUGUAAUUCCGCAUUUAAACUAGAGAAAAUUUUGGGGGCAUGGCCUGUUUAGUGGAAGGGAGUGGAAAUAACCGUCUCAACUGUCACUACCCCCAUGAAGUAAAAAAAUUUCAAAAAACGAAAACAAAAGAGUUGCAGAACUUAAUAAAAUAUAUAACAAAAAACGAAAACCAAAACAGAUUUUUUGGCAGGAAAAAGAUAUGAGCGGUUGAAGUGCAGGGGGAACAAUUAUUUCCCGAGUGUGAUUGAGAAAAAAGAGUUUUGAGGAAUGGAAGAGGGUAUAAGAAAAGGGCCAUGGAAAGCAGAGGAAGAUGAAGUUCUACUAAACCAUGUUAAAAAGUAUGGCCCCAGGGACUGGAGCUCCAUUCGAUCCAAAGGCCUUUUGCAGAGAACCGGCAAGUCAUGCCGUCUCCGAUGGGUCAAUAAGCUUAGACCCAAUUUGAAGAACGGUUGCAAAUUUUCACUGGAGGAGGAGAGGCUGGUGAUAGAGUUGCAGGCAGAAUUUGGAAACAAAUGGGCGAGAAUUGCUACCUAUUUGCCCGGGAGAACCGACAAUGAUGUGAAGAACUUUUGGAGUAGUAGGCAGAAGAGGCUGGCGAGGAUUCUACAAACGUCAUCAACUCCUUCCAAAUCACAGAAAAACAAACAGCAAGUACCUGUUUAUCAUGACCUUCCCACUUUGGAGGCUUCAGUAUUCACUUCGUACGCAGAGGGAGAAUCAUCAAGGGCUCCAUCGUGCUCAUCGUCCUGCAUUGACACCUCUGAAAUGAUCAAAAUGGCGCCACUUCCGGAACUCGUUGAGCCCAAGCUGAUCACUUUUGAAUCGCAACUUAUUCAACCAGAGACAGAGUCCCAAUUACCAAUCCCAUUCCCUCCAACUUUACAACCCCAACCAGACCUCAUAUUUCCACCAGAAAACCAAGACAUUUUGGCCAGACUUGACGACCCCUACUUUGACAUGUUUGGAUGUCAAGAAUCUAAGCUUGAAAGUGCAGCACAACUUCCUGUGGGGCCACCAUUUCUUGAACAACUCGACAACAGUGGAGGUGGUGUCACGGUUAAAAUUGACGAUUCUAUUACCCCAGACUGCUUUUUCGAUGACUUCCCAGCUGACAUGUUUGAUCACAUUGAUCUAUUUCCAAGCCCGCCAGGGCUGUGAUUGAAUUGACUAUUAGCUUUCGUCUUUAACUUUGUUUUUCUUAGUUAACUAGAACAACGUACUCGUGCAGCGGCAUGGUAAUUCUUAUUACCGAUAUUCUUUGUAUCGAAAACUCUAUAUGAUGGUUUUCAAAUUUGCUCUUUAUGCUUACAAUUUACAAUUUCCUGUUCAAAAUAGCAAACAUGACAUGGAGCUUAAAAGUAGUGCACAGAAAUAUGUUGACUUUGCUGUAAAGUUCCAUUGACUUUAUUAUUAAGAAAGUUCCAAACAUUGAUCUACUUCCAAGCCCGCCAUGGCUGUGAUUGAAUUGACUAUUAGCUUUCGUCUUUAACUUUGUUUAAGUUUUCUUAGUUGG